AAGAAAGGAAGUAAAGAAGGAAGGAAGGAAGGAAGGAAGGAAAGAAGGAAGAAAGAAAGAAAGAAAGAAAGGAAGGAAGAAAGAAAGAAGAAAAGAAAGACGGCGUUCGAUCGAGUCGAGAGAGAGAGACUCAUCUACUUGAAAAUCUCGGUGCUUCUUUUAUCGUCGCGAUCGUGAGUGUGCCUCGUCGAUAGGACCAUAAAGAAAGGGUUUGCCCGUGGAAAAAGAAUUAGAAGAAGAGAGAGAGAGAGAGAGAGAGAGAGAGAGAAAAGAGAGAAGUAGAAGAAGUAGAAGAAGAAGAAGAAGAAGAAGAGGAAGUAGUAGUAGUAGUAGUAGAAGUUGGGAGAAAGCGGAGAAAGAGAACCCGUAGUGCUCUCGAGAAGACGACGACGUUGGGUAAAAGACGGAAAGAGAAAGAGAGAUAGAUAGAUAGAUAGACUGAGAGAGAGAGAGAGAGAGAGAGAGAGAGAAAGACUACAGAUAUAGAUGCAAGUGUGUCAGCGACGUAGAACGAGUUGUCUCGAGGUGUUGCAAGGGUUAGGUCGUCUCUAAGCAGAAAAAGAGGAAAUUGAAAAAGAUCCUUCGUGCAUCGUCAAUAAAGUAAUCAAGUUUUUUAAUUUUGUCGAAAGAAACGACGAAACGAUUACGUACGUCUUUCGAUAAUAAUCGUAAUCUCCGAGAUAGUUAUUCGUCUAUCACAUCGAAAUCUAACAUAUCGUAGAUUUGUUUAUAUAAAAGAAAAAGAAGAAGAAGAAGAAGAAAAAACGAAAGAAAUAAAAAAACAAUCGUCGCUCAGUCAGGACGAGCACGUUGUUCACUGACGGCCGUCAUAUCGUAUUUUCCCUCGCUUUUUCUCCCCGGAGCCCUUUCUCUCUGGGUCCACCUUCUCUCUUUGACUGACGCCCACGCACGCAUACCAAAGUGAGCGUGCGCGCGUGCGUGAUCACGUGCGACUGCAGCCAAUGCGCGCACUUUCUAGCAACAAAGAGCUACUUGAAGCCGGUGGGCAGUAAACAAGUGUAACGUAAAGGAAUUUUUUCGAUGUAUCUUUUGAGACCCGAGAUGAAAAGUAUUUAAUAACGAUCAAGAGAGAGAGAAAGAGAGAGAGAGAGAGAGAGAAAGCAAAGGACAAGAAAGAUUACUUCUUUGGAAAAGGAGUAACGAGAAUUAAAAAAUUUUCGAUUGGAGAAAGAACAGAAAGAGACGAGAAUGUACACGAAGUAUUGGAUGUUAAGGGCAAAUGCAGCGGCUAUGGCCCUGAUAUUAAUGACCCUUUUAAUACUUGGACAGGCAGCAUUGUCAUUCGUUUUGGAUGGCUCGUCGACUAGUUACGCACAGUUCCGAAAGUGGAACGCCGCAUUGAACGGUAGCUUAGAGUUCGAGUUCAAGACCGAACAGGGCAACGGUUUGUUACUUUAUACGGACGACGGUGGUACCUAUGAUUUCUUCGAGGUUAAACUAGUUGAAAGCGCGUUACGGCUUAGAUAUAACCUCGGUGGAGGCGCGCAGAUCGUCACCGUGGGCCACGACCUCGGUGACGGUCACUGGCACAAGGUACAGAUAAGCAGAUCCAACGAGAAUACAACAUUGACGGUAGACGGUGUCAGCGCCGUAUCAACUUCGCGCGGCAAGGAGUUUGAAUUUGGAAAGUUGUCCGGUAACUCGGACGUUUACGUCGGUGGUAUGCCCGGUUGGUACAACAGCAAGCUUACCCUGUUAGCUCUGCCGAGUGUCAUCUUUGAACCAAGAUUCAAUGGAUUCAUCAGAAAUCUCGUUUAUGCUGAUGCCGAGAGUUUGGUACCAAGGAGACAGGAAAUGAAGAGCCGUGACGCCAAGUGUGCCAACUUCCCAUGCGUCGAAAGCGUCAGCAAACGAAAAACACCUAGGAAUCUCGAUAACCCGAUACGACGAAAGCUAGACGAGAGCUUACGGAACUCGAUGGCAGGCAACACGACGGACGCAUGCGAGACACGAGAUCCCUGUCAACACGGUGGCAUCUGCAUUUCAACGGAUAGCGGACCCAUCUGCGAGUGCCGUUCCGGUGAUUACGAGGGUGCUUACUGUGAGAAAGAAGCAUGGAGUACGGUGCUGCCUACGGCGGGUGCGGCCGAUUACUGGGAUUACAACAAAGUACCCUCGGAGGCGUCAUUUCGUGGAACAGAAUACCUUACGAUAGAUCUAAGCAAAGGGGAUCCCAUAUUAAGUACUCAGGAAUCCGUAGGACUUCAAUUUAAGACGAGACAACCUAAUGGACUUUUCUUUUACUCCGGAGUGGGGGACGAUUACCUAACCGUGUCUCUUAGGGACGGUGGUGUCGCUGUUGGGAUGACUUUGGCCAAAGGGAGACUCGAUCUACAUAUCAAACCAGCCAGAAUUAGGUUCGACGACAAUCAAUGGCAUAAAAUCAUCGUUCAUAGGAAGGUUCAAGAGAUCUCCUCAAUCACCAGUUUCUGCAGGCUUUCGGCCAUCGUCGAUGGAAUUUAUGCGGAACACGGACACACCGCAGGAUCGUUCACACGUCUAGCGAGCGAUCGACUUCUAGUUGGUGGUGGUGCUGAUGCGAGAUCUUUGCAAGGUGCCAAAGGGAUCAACAACUUUGUCGGCUGUCUAAGAAAGGUGGAAUUUACCGCGGAAGGCGUCAAAAUGGAGCUGAUAGAAGCGGCCAGAAGUGGUGCAGCGGGUGCCGCAGCCUGGGGCAAAAUGGAUUUUCACUGUCGCGAGCCAAGAGCCUCAGAUCCUAUCACUUUCACCACCAGAGAUUCUCAUCUCAAGGCUGCGGCGACUUCGGUUAACGCGAGGCGACUUCACGGCGCCGUGGUCACCUUCACCAGCUCAGAGUCCCACCUGGUUCUUCCACCCUGGAAAGCUUCCAAAUCCGGGAGCAUAUCCUUCAAAAUUCGCACGAACGAGCCGAAUGGACUAAUAAUGUAUAGUCGUAGCGGAGCACACACGAGGGAAGAUCUCUUCGCAUUUGAGAUCUUAGGUGGACACCUUUAUCUCCAUGCCGAUCUUGGAAGCGGAUCCGUAAAGGUGAGAGCAUCGAAGCAACGAGUUGACGAUGGUGUAUGGCAUGACGUGGCUCUACGACGUGUCGACAGGGAUGGUCGUGUUACUGUCGACGAUUCUACCGUAGAAUUUCGUACACCAGGCGAUUCAACCCAACUCGAUUUGGAUGGAUUGCUUUACAUCGGUGGAGUAGGAGCACCCUUCGCUCCAUUGACGGUCCCACCAGUUCUAUGGACUGGUACAUUGCGACAAGGCUAUGUCGGUUGCAUGAGAGAUCUCGUUAUUAAUGGUCAUCCCGUUGACAUAGCUGGAUAUGCACAGCAACAAGAUUCAGGUGCCGUGAGGCCAGCCUGUCACGCCCAACCAUCCUUACAUUGUUCCUCACAACCAUGUAUGCAUGGUGGAUAUUGUCUCGAGGGUUGGAACAGAUUUCAUUGCGAUUGUACCGGAACACCAUUUACCGGUCCUACUUGUGGAAAGGACGCUUCGACCCUACAUUUAAACGGCACCCAACAAAUGACUGCACUCAUGCCGGAUGACUCGAGAACGCAAGCCGAAGAAGUUAUCGUACGUUUCAAAACGACCAGACCACGUGGUCUAUUGAUAGCUACGAGUUUAGAAAAUAGCAGCGAUCGUUUGCAAAUAUUCCUCGAGGAAGGAAAAGCUAAGAUGCUUAUUCAUAUCGGCGACAGGGAAAAGAGCUUGACGGUCGGACAGGGCUUAAAUGACGACAUGUGGCACGUUUUGAGGUUUUCAAGAAGGGCGAGCUCGUUAAAAUUUCAAGUCGACGACGAACCUGCAAUACGUGCCGAAACACAACUUGGUAAGCAAAGCAUCUUACAAUUUCGGACGCUUCACGUUGGUGGAUACUUACAUGCUGGCGAAGACAUUCCUCACUUUGUCGGACAGCUUCAACAGAUCUGGUUUAAUGGUUACCCCUAUUUGGAGAUAGCCAGAAGUGCCGGUAGCCAUCAGAGUUCUCAUCAGGGUGUGACACCGAUCAUCAGGGUAACCGGGAAAUUUGGAAAAAGGAAUCAUCCUGUCCAUCAUCCUGUUACUUUCACCUCCAAACACACAUUUGUUGGAUUGCCAGUAUUAAAGGCCUACGUGGAAACGAAUAUUUAUUUCCAGUUUAAAACACGUGAACCUAAUGGAUUGAUCCUUUACAAUGCUGGAAGAGAACGUGACUUCAUAGCCGUUGAGCUGGUGAAUGAGCAUAUUCAUUAUGUCUUUGAUUUGGGAGAUGGCCCUGUAAGAAUCAAGGACAAUUCGAAGAGUAGAUUGAACGAUGGCAAAUGGCAUGCCGUUAGCAUUGGAAGACCUGCACCAAAAAGGCACACCUUGGCUGUAGACGAUCAUGUUACUGCUGUUAACAGUCAAGGUAGCAAUGAAAAUCUCGACCUUGAUGGAAUAUUAUAUAUAGGUGGAGUAGAAAAGUCUCAAUACAGUCAACUACCGAAACAAAUAUUGAGUCGGCAUGGAUUCGAGGGUUGUCUUGCGUCCUUGGAUCUUAGCGGCGAAAGUACCGAUUUACUCUCGGAUGCCGUUGUUCCGAGUUCUCUCGUCGAACCCGGAUGUGACGUAUACGCGAAUCUUCACGCUGGAAAAAAAUGUACUCACGAUGUAUGCGCGAAUCAUGGUACAUGUUUACAACAAUGGAACAGUUACACCUGUGACUGCGACAUGACCAGCUUUUCAGGACCUACUUGUAGCGAAGAAGCUGUGGCGUAUGAAUUUGGCGCAGGAAGAGGAAUCAUCACAUAUACGUUUCCAUCGGAUCGAAGACCGGAAAUGAAACGAGACACCGUCGCCUUAGGAUUCGUUACGGGAAUGAACGACGCGGUGUUACUUAGAAUAGAAUCAGCCUCUAGCAACGAUUACUUAGAAAUUGAGAUUGUCGAAGGAAACAUUUUUGCGGUAUACAACAUGGGUACUAACGAUCAUCCAGUCGGAGAAGUAGGUGUCAAAGUAAACGACAAUCAAUAUCACGUCGU